AAAAGUUGUCCAACUUGACUUCUCCAUUUUCAGCUCCUCCCCCGACUCAACCAGCAAAUCUCCCAGAUCAGUUAGGCAACCCGAAACCAAAGUUGCACGCACCUGUGGGUGGGGUGAGUACUUGACAAACGUUGUCAUUUAUGUGGGUGAAGCAAUUUUCUGAAUUCCUGAUGACUUAACUCCGUUUAAUUCAGCCUGUUGAUGAAAAGACACAGAAGCUGAUCAUAAAAUCUCAUGUCAUGAAAUCUAUCUCUAAAAUGAGUGCUGAUAAGGAGAGAUGUAAGGAGGAUGUUCAGUACCAGAGAGCACCAUGUCCAGAGCCCAGCUGUGUGUCUAUGAAGAGUGAGAACUCAAUCUAUCAACCUCCUAAAUUCAGUAAUGAAGCAGUGACCUCUGACACCAGAAUGAGACAGACAGCAGCAUCUCCAGCAUCCAGCUGUGUGUCUAUGAAGAGUAAUGACUCCAUUGUUCAGCCUCCUAAUCUCUGUAAUGGAACAGUGACCUCUAACCCUGUUAAUGAACACAAUGAUCAUCUGACCUGCACUUCAUACUUAGUGGAGACUGACAUCAGACACCAGAGAAUCAAACACACUCACAAAACAUGCAUGAAGAACAAAUAUGAGAGCUUAUUUGAAGGAAUCAAAUUACAAAAGAAUCAAACUUUGCUGAACAGAAUCUACACACAGCUUUACAUCACAGAAGGAGAGAGUGAAGAAGUGCAUGAAGAACAUGAGGUUGUACAGAUGGAGAAAACACAGAGACCACAAUACUCACAAGACACUCCAAUCCACUGCAAUGACAUCUUUAAACCCUUACCUGAACCAGGAUGUGAGGAGAAAGACCAAAUCAAGACUGUUCUUACUAAAGGCAUUGCUGGAAUUGGCAAAACCGUCUCUGUGCAGAAGUUCAUUCUGGAUUGGGCAGAGGGCAAAGCCAAUCAGGAUGUAGAUUUCAUGUUUGUGCUUCCAUUUCGAGAGCUGAACUUGAUUAAAGAUCACCAAUACAGUCUUCACAGACUUCUGCUGGACUUUCAUCCUGAACUUAAAGAUCUGGACUCUAAGAUUUAUGAGGAGUAUAAAGUUGUCUUCAUCUUUGAUGGUCUGGAUGAAAACAGAAUUACACUGAUGUUUUCACACAGACAGAAAGUUUCAGAUGUUACUGAGAUUUCAUCAGUGGGUGUAUUGAUAACAAACCUCUUCAAAGGAGAACUUCUUCCUUUCUCUCACAUCUGGAUCACCUCCAGACCAGCAGCAGCCAAACUCAUCCCCUCCAUAUACAUCAACCGUGUGACAGAAAUUCAAGGAUUCAGUGACCCUCAGAAAGAGGAAUAUUUCAGGAAGAGAAUCAGUGACGAGCAUCAAGCCAGCAGAAUCAUCUCACAUAUCAGAAGGGCAAGAACCCUCCACAUCAUGUGCCACAUUCCCGUCUUCUGCUGGAUUUCAGCCACUGUGCUUCAAAACAUCCUAAAACACAAUGACGUUCCUAAAACUCUGACUGAAAUGUACAUACAUUUCUUGCUCAUUCAAAUAAAUACAAGGAAUCAGAAAUAUGAAGAGGACAAUCUAGAGAAGCUCCUUAAGUCAAACAGAGAAAUGAUUGUGAAACUUGCUGAACUGGCUUUCAAACAGCUGAUGAAGGGCAAUGUGAUGUUCUAUGAGGAGGACCUGAUUGAGAGCGGCAUAGACCUCACUGAGGCCACAGUGUAUUCUGGGAUUUGCAUAGAGAUCUUUAAGGAGGAAUCUGUGAUUCAUCAGAGAAAAGUUUAUAGCUUCAUACAUCUGAGCUUUCAGGAGUUUCUUGCUGCUUACUUUGUGUUUCAUUCAUAUAUCACUAAAAACAUGCAAGCAUUGGACACUUUUGAAUGUUUCGGGUUUAGGAAGAUCUCACUUUCUGAGAUACUACUUUCAGCAGUUGACCAAACCCUAUGGAGUGUAGAUGGACACCUGGAUCUGUUCCUGCGGUUCCUACUGGGCAUCUCGCUAGAGUCCAAUCAGAAACUCCUACAGGGUCUUCUGAGACAAACAGAGAACAGCUCAGAGAGCAUCAGGAACACCACUCGGUACAUUAAAAGCACAAUCAGAGCUAAUGAUGUUUUUUCAGCUGACAGAUCCAUCAAUCUGUUCCUCUGUCUGCUGGAAGUGAAUGAUCUGACUCUUUACAAAGAGAUUCAGGACUUUGUGAAGUCAGACAAACACUCAAAGAAUAAACUCUCUGCUGCUCACUGCUCAGCAAUAGCUUACAUGCUUCAGAUGUCAGAGGAGGUGCUGGAUGAGCUUGACUGCAAGAAAUACAACACAACAGAAGAGGGUACGAGAAGACUGAUAACAGCUCUGAACAACUGCAGAAAAGCUAUACUGUCAAUCUGUAAUCUGACUGAUCAAUCCUGCAAAGGCUUGGCUUCAGCACUUCAAUCAUCAAACUCAUCACUGAGAGAGCUGGACCUGAGUAACAAUGACCUGCAGAAUUCAGGAGUCAAAUUUCUCUGUGCUGGACUGAAGAGUUCAGACUGUACACUGAAGAUACUGAGAUUAUCUGGCUGUAUGGUGACAGAGGAAGGCUGUUGUUAUCUGGCUUCAGUUCUAAGGGCAAACCCCUCACACCUGAGAGAACUGGAUCUGAGCUACAAUCACCCAGGAGACUCAGGAAUGAAGCUGCUCUCUGAUAUACUGGAGGAUCCACACUAUAAACUGGAGAAACUCAAUGUGGAUCAUGCUGGAGAGGUCAUGAUUACAGCAGGACUACGCAAGUAUGCCUGUGAUCUCACACUGGAUCCAAACACAGUAAACAUUCAUCUCUGUCUGUCUGAGCAGAACAAAAAGGUGACACGUUUGGAGGAGCAGCAGUCAUUUCCUGAUCAUCCAGAGAGAUUUGAUUACUUUCCUCAGGUUCUGUGUAGAGAGAGUCUGUCGGGACGCUGCUACUGGGAGGUCGAAUGGAGCGGCUGGAGGGGGGCUGUUAUAUCAGUGGCACAUAAAGGAAUGAGCAGGAAAGGAGGAAGUGAUGAUUGUAGGUUUGGGUUCAAUGAAAAGUCCUGGAGCCUUGAUUGCUCUGAUGACAUUUUCACUGUCUGGCACAAUAAAAAAAGCACUGACAUAGCCCCCAUCCCAUUCUCCUCUAAGAGAGUAGGAGUGUUUCUGGACUGGCAGGGUGGCACUCUGUCCUUCUACAGAGUCUAUGACACACACACACUCACACACUUACACACAUUUUACUCCACAUUCACUGAACCCCUCUGUGCUGGAUUUAGGGUUUUUAUUGACUCUUCAGUGUCUCUUCGUCGGAUUUAACAGCAUCCACAAACUGCUAUCUUGUCUUGUCAGUGAAGUUUCAUUAAAGGAGUCAUAU